UAUUGGAAUGUUUGGUCCUCAGUUGGUAGAAAUCUUUGGGAAGAUUAGGCCGGGUGGCCUUAUUGGUGGAGCCCUGACACUGGUGACAGUUUUGAAGUUUCAAAAGACUAGCAAUUCCCAGUAUCCCUCUCUACCGCCUGCUUGCAGCUCAAGAAGUACAUUCUCAGCUGCGCCUGCCACCAUGCCUGUGCUCUGCCAUCGCUGGCUCUAACCCUGUGGAAGCCUAAGCCCCAAAUUAAUUGCCUUCUUUUAUUUGUUUGCCCCGGCCAUGGUGUCUUAUUAAGGCAAUAGAUAAAGUAGCUAAGACAUCUGCCUUGCUAACAUUGCUCCAAGAGUCAGAACAAUUCACAAGAAACACUGGGUGUCAGUUACUAUUUUCUUACUGAGACAAAAAGCAGCUUGGGGUGGGGGUUUAUGUCCUCGUCCACAUUUCCGAAGAAUGCAGUUCAUCACAGAGGGAAGGCGUGUCUGCAGGGGUGAUCUGGUCCCUGCAUGGACCAGGAAACAGAUACAGAUAAAGGAAGGCCUGUGCUAGGCUUGGCUUCUCCUCUUUGUCUUUUCCUUGUUCCCAAGACUCCAGCCCAUGGCACGAUGCUGCCCACAUUCAGGGUGGACCCUCCUUCCUCAGCCAAACCUUUCUAGAAACAUCUUUACAACAUGAGCAAAGGUGUGCUUCAUUAACGCCACAGGAAUUUAUUAAUCUAAUCAAGUUGACAAAAUUAACUAUCAUAUUCUGUAAGCAUCUCUAAGACCACACUGUUCCCUGAGCAUGCAUGAGUUACUAUGCAAUGGGUCCACACUGUUGACGUAGUUAAUUUCCAUGACAAUUCAAUGGAGGGGGGACUUUCCUUAUACUUAUCUUUUUGUUUUUCAUAUGGAGACACUGAGAGACUGGUGUUGCCUACAGAGAGAUGGCUAAUAAUGAAAAAGCAGAACCUAGAAGGGACUGUGCAGAGAGCUAUGCGCUUAGUAUGCAAAGCAUGUUAAAUAUUAAAAAACAAGAGAUGACAACUCCACAAAACUAAGUGAGCAACCAGAUCUUCAUAUGGGAGUGCAUCUCCUGGAGUAAGUGCAGAAGCAUGGGUUCAUUCCAUCCCAUCACAUGGUGUGUGGCACUGAUGCGGCUCCAGGACCUCCCAGUGCUGAAGAGUCUCCUGUUUGCGGUGGGAAGGCAGGAACCUGUCUAAUGUUUGCGUCUAGCCUGUGUUGGCUAGUGGCUGGAAUGAACUCCAUGCACUCUUUGCAGUCUGAGGAUCCAGCACUGGACAUGAAUAACUAUCAUAAUUAUUCCCCAACGGACUCCAGAAUCCAAGUUUAACUCAUACUUCCUCCUGUGCCCUUAUCCCCUUUACCAGCUCCCUUGAACCAUUGUGCAUGUUAUUACGUAAGCAAGCAGAAAGGGUAUUUGUGCACUUACCCCAUUAACCUGCAAUUACAAAUGUGGUCAGGCCUUGUCUGAACAUGAUGAUCCAUUUCCCUCCUUUCUAUAAUAAUUCUGUCUUCGUGAAGUCACCCUUGCUUGGAUUUUUGGAAUCGAGAGGCUGAGGCUGACUCACUCAAUGUGUGGCACCCUGUCACCUCCCGCCUUUUGUCCAUAAAGCACCGGGCACACAGGCAUGUAGGUAUCAAUGAUGAGCGUCCCGGCUGCCUCCACAGUGCUCUCUGUUGUUCCCUGUUCUGCAGUGCUGAGUCUGCUCAUGGAAAUGUCUCUGUAUCCUGCAGAGUGGUGAGGAGGAAAGGUGACAUCCCAGCAGGGCAGAGACAGAGCUGGCUGGCUUGGGGGAAUUUUGUGAUGUCAGGGAAGCGCUGUGACAACCCCCGCUUUGUACCACUGCCACCGGAGCAGUUAUGAACCAAGAAGCAGUUAUGAACCAAAAUGCCAGUGGAAUAGCAGCUUUAGAAGCCUUUGGAGUCCAAGGUUGGAAGUAAAAGCAGGUAGAUCUCACAUCAGAGCAUGCGCUGACCUUCUGCUCUCUUCCUGCUGGAUCACAAGAGUUUUGAACUUUGUCACUGAUUUGUUCCUUGCACUAAAUACUUUACAUCAUGUUCCUUUUGUCCCCUCUGUCCUUUAAGGAUAAGAGGGGUCAAAGGAGAGGAGCGCCUCCAUUGCCGGGCGAUUGGCCUCCCACAGAGCUCUGGACUGUGAAGUGACUCGGCAGUGAUUCCUAGAGUUUCUGGAAGUGGCAACUGUCCAGCAGAGCAGUCCUGGACCCCUGGCUGUCUUCCUGAGAUGCCAGCCUGGGUACUCUGGCGGGAAGGUGAUUACAGGUGACUAAUGUGCGUGCAGGGCGGAGCUGAGGGGAGAGUGUCAUCUCCAGAUAACAGAGGCCUCGCCCCACAGCUCUGAAAAGGCUCAGAGCAUAGGCAGCUCUCACAUCUGCUUUUGCUUCUUAAAUGACACAAUCUCAGAAAACCGAGAACACAGAGACUCCAAACUUCUAAAACCAGCAGCAGCCAGUGAUUGCACUUAUAUUUAGGUGAGGCGUACAUCUACCACUGUGGAAAAUAUUUCUCCACUUCUGUUUGCUUCGUUUGGAAACUACUCAGGAAAAGCCAUGGGCACAAGCAUUAGCACAAUAAAGAUGAUACAGAUCUCUUCUUGCUCCAUCUGCAAGGAACUGAUGUCUCACCCAGUGAGCAUCAACUGUGGACACAGCUAUUGCAAAUCCUGCAUACAGAGGGACUGUAACAAAGUCAACUCAGAGACAGGACCAGGCUGUCCUUUGUGUGGGAGUCCAUUUAGUUUAGAGAACCUCCGACCCAACAAGGAUCUGGAAAACAUAAUUGAUGUCAUCAAGGAGAUGGAAGAGGAGGGUAAUAAGAUGCUAUGUAAGGAACAUUUAGAGAAACUUGAUCUCUUUUGUGAAGAUGAGGGUCAGCUCCUCUGCUGGCGCUGUAAUUGGGAGGAUAGGCACAAAGGUCAUUCCGUGGCUCUUGUGGGAGAUGUGUGCCGGGGCUACAAGGAGAAGUUCCAGGAAACUGUGAAAAAAUUGAGUGAACUCCAAGAAAACCACAGAGCUCAGCUACGUCUCAUGACAAAACAAAUAAAAGCCUGGAAGGCUGCCAUAGAGGAUCAGAGGCAAAGAAUCCACUCUAACUUUGAGAAUCUCCAGCGUUUUCUACAUGAAGAAGAGAAGUCUUACCUUUGGAGAUUGGAGAAUGAAGGAGAGCAGGUGCUGAGGAGUCUGAAGGAUGCUGAGGCCAAUCUACAGCAGAAGUAUGAGAAAACUGAAAGCCAAGUUCAGGAACUGGAGGCAAAAUGUGAGGGCCCAGCCCAGGAUAUACUACAGGAUGUGAAAAACACUUUGAGCAGGUUUGAGACUGUGAAGCUAGAACCAUGGGAGGCCGAACUCCCGAAGGUUCAGACUACAUGUAAUGUUUCUGAGCUUUACUUUGAUGUGAAGACAUUGUUAAGAUGCCACCAAGUCAGUGUGACUCUGGACCCAAGCACAGCCCAUCCUGACCUAAUUCUGUCUAAAGAUCGAAGACAAGUGACUUACAAACAAUGCCACAAGAAUCUUGAGGCUUCUACUGAGAGAUUUUAUGUUUUACCCUGUGUCCUGGGCUGUAAGGACUUUACUUCAGGAAGAUACUACUUUGAAGUGUCUGUUGAGAAUGCAACCACUUGGGAUGUGGGAGUCUGUAUAAAGGAUGUGCCGAGGGGCUUUGACAUGAAGAAGGAGCCUGAGUUUGGAUUCUGGACCAUCAGGAUGUGUAAAAAGGAUGGCCUUGGAGCUCUCACUUCUACCCCUACUUCCCUUCAUCUGACUGAGAAGCCCCAGCUGGUGGGAGUUUUUCUAGACUAUGAGGCUGGGGUUGUAUCCUUUUACAAUGUGACCUCUGGCUCCCACAUCUUCACCUUCCCCAAGGCUUCCUUCCGGGAUACUCUGAGGCCCUUUUUCCAGGUUUAUGAACAUUCUCCUUUGUUCCUGCCUGCCAGAAAUGAUCAAGGGAUGGGGUAAAGUCCUCACGGUGAAGGCAUCACAGAAAAUACAUAAAUCCCACAAGGCAGAAACUUGAAUGUUUUCCUUCACCACUGUCCCAAUGCUUUGGAUGAACCUUCAAAAAAUGUGCACUGAUUUGAUUGUCGGAAAGGCUAAAAAUAUCAUACAUGGUCAGCUUCAGGGAAAGGAAAACAAAACAAUACAAUAGUGGCAAUUAUCUUUUUUCCUCCUUCACUUUUGUGCAGUGAUUCUCAACCUUCCCAAAGCUGCGACCCUUUAAUACAGUUCCUCACGUUGUGGUGCCCUCAACUAUAAAAUUAUUUUGUUGCUACUUCAUAACUGUGAUUUUGCUGCUCUUAUGAAUCAUAAUAUAAAUAUUUUUGGACUUAGAGGCUCACCAAAGGGGUAGUGACCCACAUUUUGAGAACCACUGCAUUUUGUGGGUUCAGGACUUUGAAUUCAGUUAUAUAUAUCUUUAUAGUUGUGAUAAAAUGACUCCAAGGUCAAGUUUUUUAGUCUUUACAUUUUUUUGGUGUGUUUCAAACUCCAGUAUGAGAAAUGAACUAAUGGCAGUGUCUUUUAACUGAAUAA